CAGCUUUUUUUCCAUCAUCAUUCUUCGCUUCUGCUUGACAUCAUGGCCUUCAAACUACUUUCAGCAUUUGUGGCUUUACUCUUUGUCUUUGAUCGUUCUCUUGAUGUCCAGGCAGCCAUUGCCCGCCACCCCUCACAGGUGUUGAGUGUAGCUCCUGCCGCGGAGGAAGCUAUUCCGGCCGGCACGGUCCGCAUGCAAGCACUCGGAAUAACCAAGCGCCCGUUCAGUGACAAUAUCAAAGUACACGAUGCUGACGAGGAUAAAAUUCUGGAGAUCGCUAAUACUCCUGCCAAGCAAUUGCCGAGCUACGAGGUCCCCAAGACUUUCGACGGUCUGCUUUCUCCGGUUAUGCAAGGAAAUGGAGUUCUAUUCCAAAGGGAGUCUAAAGUACAAUCAAAAUGGCACAAGUUCCAAACCGAGUUAAGGAAGAAGGGGAUAUCGUAUGAACAUCACUACGCCAAACAACUGAAGUGGGAUGGGCCAUAUCCAGCCAAUAAAGAACCCAUAAUGAUGGAUGAGAGACAAGUGAAGAAUGAAGACUGGGUUAAAUUUGAGCGAGCGCAAUUCCCCGUCAAGCUUCCCGAGGAUACUGAGCAUGUCAUCGCCUGGUUGCGAGCUCCUUUGACCACCAAGGAGUGCUUCAAGCCAGUGGGCAAGGAAAUCCCCCCAAGUGAUCAUGAAAUCUUCAUGGCUAACCUGGAACCUUACAUUGAAUUCAUCAAUGGCCACGAUGUUUUUGGAACCAACGUUGAUAUGAAAGAUGAAGAUAAGUUGCAAUUUGCAAAGGACCUCAUGGAGGUCAAUGACUCUCUUGAUUUGCAGGAGAAACUAGUUCAUGGUGAACAAGAGGAGAAGGCAGCAAAGGCCUACAGAGAUGCAAAGAACUUGGAAAAUGAGCAAUUGCUUGCUGGGUUGGAGGUUGACACCAGCGCUGCUGAGAAGAUCGACUUACCACACGUCGAACGUGCGAAAGAGGCUAUGCUAUGGGCUGUACAGAACAUCACCCGGAUGAUUGAAGCCAAGUAUCCAGGCCGCAGAUUCGUUUGGUUCAGGGUCAAUCGAUGGAUUCGAACUCAUCAUUUGAACCAGAUCCACAUUUUCCUCGAGAAGGAACCGGGUACUAUUGAAAAGGCUGUACGGAUCUCGGGUCUCAAAGAGCUCAAGGAGCUUGCAAACUCUCAUCCUGGGGCAGGAAUCCUGGCAGCUCCUUGAUCAGACGAACGGCUGUCUUAGCUUCUAUCAAUUGUUCAGAUCAAUCAAUACCCAUUCCCGCGCAUCUGGCACAUCCACACACGAAUUCCGUGUUCUUCCCUUUCUACAUCCGGCUGAGAAUUUUUAUCUUCCCCCCAUAACGAAAAAAAAAAAAAAAAAUCAAUAAAAAAAGUUAUGUACAACACAAGAAAAGCAGAUUUCCAUCAAUCUCUCUUCCUCAUAGAUUUCUGAUCAUAUCCCAUCAUAUAAGCAUGUGGAUGAAUAGCCUACAUGUGUUUCAUUUGCAAUUGAUCCCCCUUAUGUUGAAACAUCGCG